GACCAGCAGGUGUCGCUGGCAGGGACAUCGCCCGAACAACCGCACUUCACCCGGAAGAGGAGGAUCGAGGGAAACGACGGAAGAGAAAUUGUUGUGGACCGUCCGCAGAAAUUUUAAGAAUUUCUUUUACUCUUUUGCUAAUCCAGUGAGUUACAAACCAACCACCACCUGACGCACAUUUGCAGGAGGGUGUAGGCUCGUCGUGCUCACGUUAGAGAUGUCGGUGGUGCCUCCCAGUCGCUCGUCCACCGGCUGGCCGCGCGGUGGUGCCGUUCAGUUCGGGAACAAGUACAUCAGCGGGCCCGCAAAACCGCUCACCCUGGAGAGGACCAUCAACUUAUACCCUCUUACCAACUACACAUUUGGCACCAAGGAGCCUCUGUAUGAGAAGGACAGUUCGGUGGCAGCCCGGUUCCAGAGGAUGCGGGAGGAGUUUGAUAAAAUGGGAAUGCGGAGGACAGUGGAGGGUGUCCUCAUUGUCCAUGAACACAGGCUGCCUCAUGUGCUACUUCUGCAGCUGGGGACCACUUUCUUUAAACUGCCUGGUGGAGAGUUGAGUCCCGGAGAAGAUGAAGUGGAGGGUCUGAAACGCCUGAUGACUGAGAUCCUCGGGCGGCAGGAUGGGGUGAAGCAGGACUGGGUGAUUGACGACUGUAUUGGCAACUGGUGGCGCCCCAACUUUGAGCCUCCACAGUACCCCUAUAUUCCAGCCCACAUCACCAAGCCUAAGGAGCAUAAAAAGCUGUUCCUGGUUCAGCUGCAGGAAAAAGCGCUGUUUGCUGUCCCCAAGAACUAUAAACUGGUGGCCGCACCAUUGUUUGAACUGUAUGACAAUGCUCCUGGAUAUGGACCAAUCAUUUCCAGUCUACCACAGCUAUUGAGCAGAAAUGGCCAUAAUUUCUUUUUGUAGGUUCAACUUCAUCUAUAACUAACUUGAGUGAACAGGAGUCCAUCUGGCUGUCUCUGUGAGUGCAGCCCUGUCUGAGUGAAGCUUGAAGAUGAGAAACAAAGUGGUGAAAAAGACUCUUCUCUGGCUCUGGCUCAACUGUCACAGAAGAAAAGCUUGUCAUGUCAGGUAUAUUGACAGUUCACAUUGGGGUUUAUACAGUUGUUAGAAGAAAAUUAAAAUGUCAUGUGUCUUUUUUUUUUUUCCUUUUUUUUUUUUUUAAAUCUUGAGAAACUGCUAGUUUCUGUAGUAUGCAGGUCCGUAUUCUGGUGUGUAUAGAAUCUGAUUUUAUGUCGUCUCAGAGGAGACCAGUGUUUGAUUAAACAAACUACAACAUUGAGUUUCCUGUUGUUUUAACCUGUAACAGUGCUGUGUUUUUUCUUUUUUUUUUUAAAUAAAGCAGU